ACCAACCCGCUCAAUGCGGCGUCUAUGUAUAUAUGUCUAUGGUUGUAGCUAUAGCAGGACACAGAAGCCAAUGUAGGCUCACGUGUGUGUGUGAGCAGAGUCCUUCUGUUUCAUAACUUUCAUAAAAGGUGUCAUAGAGGUGCGUGAGAGUGAAGAGAGGAUGCUGGCGACAGGAGCAGCUGUAACCACAGCGCUGGCACAAGUGGACAGAGAGAAGAUCUACCAGUGGAUCAAUGAGCUGUCCAGUCCAGAGACCAGGGAGAACGCCCUCCUGGAGCUCAGCAAGAAGAGGGAGUCCGUACCCGACCUGGCUCCCAUGCUGUGGCACUCAUGUGGCACCAUCGCCGCGCUGCUGCAGGAAAUCGUCAACAUCUACCCUUCAAUCAACCCCCCCACUCUGACGGCACACCAGUCUAACAGAGUGUGUAACGCUCUCGCUCUCCUCCAGUGUGUGGCCUCCCAUCCAGAGACAAGGUCAGCUUUCCUGGCCGCACACAUCCCACUCUUCCUCUACCCGUUUCUACACACUGUGAGCAAAACACGGCCGUUCGAGUACCUCCGCCUCACCAGCUUAGGAGUCAUAGGUGCUUUGGUGAAAACCGACGAGCAGGAAGUCAUCAACUUCCUGUUGACCACAGAGAUCAUACCUUUGUGCCUUCGCAUCAUGGAGUCCGGCAGCGAGCUCUCCAAAACAGUUGCAACCUUCAUCCUCCAGAAGAUCCUCCUGGACGACACCGGGCUGGCGUACAUCUGUCAAACAUAUGAGCGCUUCUCCCAUGUUGCUAUGAUUCUAGGUAAAAUGGUCCUCCAGCUCUCCAAAGAGCCGUCAGCCCGUCUACUGAAGCACGUGGUGCGCUGUUACUUACGUCUGUCUGACAACUCCAGAGCCAGAGAAGCUCUGCGCCAGUGCCUCCCUGACCAGCUCAAAGACACCACCUUUGCCCAGGUCCUGAAGGACGACACCACCACCAAGCGCUGGCUGGCCCAGCUGGUGAAGAACCUUCAGGAGGGUCAGGUCACCGAUCCCCGGGGCAUCCCUCUCCCGCCGCAGUGACGUCCCUCCCUGCCGACCCCAAGGAACACCAGCAAAGAACUGCCUAACAGACGAGCUUCCAUCAUGGACACUGUUUUUAUGAGAGACUCAAAGGAAAGGCUGCUGCCUGCUUAUUUUUCUGCUCUCAUGUAUAGCCCCAUGGAUCCACACUUUGAAAGACAUUCACAUUUGUUGCCUCGCCACAACUGUUGUACAGAUCGACAAUA